UUGUAUACUCCUGAAGUUUUUAAGCAGUGAGGCCCAGUCACUGAAAAAAAUAAUUCCUUUUCAUACCCUCUGAGCUUCUUCAGUGCUCCCCGUUCCCUCCCAAUCUUCGAAACAAAAUUCCCAUGUUUUUUCCUCCCUUUAUUUCCUAAAAAAUUCUCCAUCAAAUCUUUCCCAAUAUUAGAAAAAGAUCCUUUUCUUUCUUAUCCUAACCCAAAAUUACUCCUAAACUUUCUCCCUAAUAUCAAUCAAAAUCCCUUUUGUUACUCGUUAACCACCAUUAAACUCUAUCCAAAAACAAUGAAACCAGAAAAGGAAAACAAAUCCAUCAACGCUCCCUCUAAAAACCCAUUUCCUAUUUUGGGCAACUUCCCAUUCUCAACUGCCGUUAUCGUAGCCUCUCUCGCUGUUUAUUUUGUGACGUCAUCUCUGUACAAGGAAUCCUGGGUGAUCGAAGAGAAGGUAAAAGAUUGCAUCUUUUGGAAAAAGGAGAGAGUUUUGAAGGAGACUGGAGAGGUUACGAUGGUGGUGGAGCAGGUUAAGGGGUUGCAGGUUGCGGCACAGGAUAUCAGCGUUGGCUCCAGUAGCGGGUCCAAACCUGUUUCCAAGGACUCUGUUGUUAAUCUCGAUCAUGGUGACCCGACCAUGUUUGAGUCAUUUUGGCGAACAAUGGGAGAACAGGGAACAAUAGUGAUCCCAGGGUGGCAGAGGAUGAGCUAUUUUUCAGAUGUGACCAACGUCUGCUGGUUUCUUGAGCCUGAUUUUGCUCAUGAAAUCCGUCGUCUCCACAAGUUGGUUGGCAAUGCAGCUGCUGAGGAUCGGCAUAUCGUCGUUGGAACAGGAUCUACACAAUUGUUUCAGGCUGCUCUUUAUGCACUCUCUCCCUCUGACGCAACAAUGCCCAUAAGUGUUGUCUCUGCUGUUCCAUAUUACUCGUCUUAUCCAGCAGUGACCGACUAUCUCCGGUCAGGGCUUUUCCAGUGGGCUGGUGAUGCCUCUACUUUUACAGGCGAUUCAUAUAUUGAGAUCAUCUGUUCUCCAAACAACCCGGAUGGCUUCAUAAAACAUCCUGUAUUGAACUCCAGGAAUGGCAAGAUGGUUCAUGAUCUUGCGUACUAUUGGCCUAUGUUGUUCACAGUUUCAAAGAGCACUGGCCAUGCUGGGACUCGGCUAGGAUGGGCAAUUGUGAAGGACCGUGAAGUAGCAAAGAAGAUGACCAAAUUCAUCGAGCUGAACACAAUCGGGGUAUCAAAGGACUCACAGGUUCGAGCUGCAAAGAUACUGAAAGUGGUAUCUGAUGGCUAUGAGCUCCUGGUUCCCGACCCUUCAGCGAGGCUAUUCGACUUUGGGAGGAUAAUUCUUCAGGAUCGAUGGGAGAGGCUGAGGGAGGUUGCAAAUAUGACAAAAAUGUUCAGCUUGCCUGAGUACCCGUCUGACAACUGCAACUUUGCUGGAAAGUUGACUUCUGCAAAUCCUGCUUUUGCCUGGUUGAAAUGUGAGAAGGAAGGGAUUGAAGACUGUGAGAGCUUUCUGAGGAAUUACAAGAUCAUAACUCGAAGUGGUAGGCAUUUCGGAGUGGAAGCCACGUAUGUGAGAGUCAGCAUGUUGGAUCGUAGCGAAACAUUUGAUCUUUUUAUCGAGCGAUUAUCUUCACUCCAGUGAGAGCAAUUCUUUUAUCCAUCAGUUUUUCUAAUGUGAUUAUAGAGCAGGGGUACAGAGCAGUGAGAGUGAGUUCUUUUUAUCCUUUUACUUAGGAGUUCUUUUUUGUUAUUUUUCGGUCACCUUGAUUAGGUGACGAUAUCUUGCUAUCCUUUUCAAUACUUAUAGUGCAUAUUUUCAUGUGUACAUGAGUUGAGUACUUUUUCUGUGUAUAUUAGCCCUUGCUUUCAGUUCGUAUUAAUAUUAUU